AUGCCACGUGAACUGCCGAAGUUUAAUGGUGACCCCCAGGAGUGGCCGAUAAUUUACAGUUCGUUCAAGAACACUACAGAAGUAUGCGGUUACACGGAUGCCGAGAAUCUGGCCCGGUUGCAGCGAAGCCUAGGAGGUUCGGCGCUAGAUGCAGUUCGGAGCCGUCUUCUGCUGCCAGCGUCAGUUCCCUUUGUAAUGGAUACCCUGCACAAGUUAUACGGACGUCCGGAAAUACUUAUUAACUCCCUAUUGAAAAAGGUCAGAAGCGUUCCUCCACCGAAAUCCGACAGUUUGAACACCAUCGUUGUGUACGGAUUGGCGGUACAAAAUCUCGUCGAUCACAUUGUCCUUGCUGACCAACAAGCGCAUCUAGCAAAUCCAAUGCUGUUGCAGGAAUUGAUUGAGAAGUUACCCACAUCCUUAAAAAUGCAGUGGGGUGCUUAUAAGCAGCAGUUCGUGAGCGUCAACUUGGCGACGUUCAGCAGCUUUAUGUCAGGAUUAAAUCAUCAGAGGCCAUCUCGGGUCGACAAGCCUAGACAUAAGGAAAAACUUUUCACGCACGUAAGUGAGUCAUCGAAUGCAUUGAAGAAGGAGAACACGGUUGGAGAAUCAUCGUCGAACACCUGUUCAUACUGCGAUAAAGUAAGCCAUCAGAUCGUGAACUGUUCCGGCUUCAAGGCGUUGGACAUCGGGGGACGGUGGAAGGCUGUGAGGCAGAAGAACCUUUGUAGAUUGUGUUUGAUACCUCAUCGGAAGUGGCCCUGCCGAUCGAAGAAAGAGUGCAGCGCGGACGGAUGUCGUAUUAGGCAUCAUAUUCUUCUACAUAGUAAUCGCUCGGAUAACACUUCAAUGCCCAGCGAGACCGUUCACCAAAAUCAUCAUGGGAUCAAAUCGUUUUCCCUUUUUCGGUAUCUACCGAUCACGCUGUACGGGAAAGAAACGAAGGUGGACACCUUUGUAUUCCUGGAUGACGGAUCAUCGGCAACAUUACUCGAAGAAGGAAUCGCAUCACAGCUAGGCAUCGAAGGAGAGCCGGACAGCCUUUGGCUCAGUUGGACAGGGAAGAUUGGUCGGCACGAGAAGAGCUCCAGGCGAAUCAGUGUGCAGAUAUCUGGAGCAGAGAAGGAAGAGAAGCAUUUGUUGAACGACGUUCGAACUGUCCGAGAGUUAGGACUCCCUACGCAAACGUUGAACUACGCAGAAUUGGCGAAAGCGUUUCCCCAUCUUCAGGGACUUCCUGUAUCCAGUUACGUCAAUGCUAAGCCAGGAAUGAUUAUCGGUAUCGAGCAUGUACGGAUGCUUACAAGCCUAAAAACAAGAGAAGGUAGCAACAACGAACCAGUAGCCGCCAAAACCCGGUUAGGAUGGUGCGUGUAUGGCAGAAAUUCCACAAACGAAGAGUCGACGGAACAGUUACAUGUACACGCUGUCGAGAACAUAAGUAACAGCGAGCUGCACGAUUCUAUGAGAAAGUUCUUUGCAGUCGAAGAUGCUAUGGUGACGAAUCAGCUAGAAUCCGAAGAGGACAAACGAGCAAGAAGGAUUCUGGAGGCAACAACGGUGCGGAAGGGCGCUCGAAUCGAGACGGGACUUCUCUGGCGGAAUGAUAACAUAUACUUUCCGGAUAGUUAUCAGAUGGCGAUGUGUAGAUUGAAAGGGCUGGAGAAACGCUUAACGAAGGAUCCCGAUCUGCGUAUGAGAGCAAAUGAACAAAUUAGAAGUUUUGAGCAAAAACAAUACGUCCAGAAAGUGUCGCCAGAAGAGUUGCAGAGUGUCGAUCCGGCACGCCGAUGGUAUCUCCCACUAGGAGUCGUGAUGAAUCCCAAAAAGCCCAACAAAAUUCGUAUGGUGUGGGAUGCUGCAGCGAAAGUCGACGGAGUAUGCUUUAACGACAUGCUGCUGAAAGGGCCGGACCUCCUUGUACCGCUUGUGGACGUCUUGCUACGCUUCAGGGAGGGAAAGAUAGCCAUUUGCUCAGACAUACGUGAAAUGUUCCUGAGAAUCUUAAUAAGAGAUGCUGAUAGAUGGUCACAGUGCUUCUUGUGGCGCAACAGCCCGGAAGACGACGUUCAUACAUACGUAAUAAACGUUGCCAUGUUCGGAGCGACCAGCUCUCCGUGUACUGCUCAGUUUGCCAAAAACCAAAAUGCGCUCGACUUCGCUGAACAAUACCCUCGGGCAGCAAAUGCAGUGUUGAAAAGUCACUACGUGGACGACUUCCUCGACAGCGUGAACUCCGUGGAGGAAGCGGUUCGAUUGUUCAAGGAAGUUCAGCUGAUUCAUUCAGCUGCUGGGUUUAAAUUUGGCAAGAUUCUCUCUAAUUCACCGGAAGUACUUGCUCAUCUGGGGGAGACUAGUCCGGUAGCCAGCAAAGCAUUAAACCUCGAUAAAGAUGCGAUCCAUGAACGCGUUUUAGGAAUAGUGUGGGUUCCUGCGGCAGACCACUUCACCUUCGAUCCAGCAGGGCUUCAGGAAGUCUCGAAAAACAAUGCAGUAGCGCCAACAAAAAGGCAAGUACUCCGAACAAUAAUGAAGCUUUAUGACCCCUUGGGAUUUGUGGCGCAUUUCGUGGUGCAUGGAAAAAUUCUAAUGCAGGAAAUCUGGCGAUCGGGAACAAACUGGGACGAACCCAUUGCAGAGCAUCUGUUGGCGAUAUGGAGCAGGUGGAUCGAGUUGUACGAGUGCAUCAACGAAGUCAAGAUUCCUCGAUGUUUUUUCGGCGAUCUUCAACCGGGGGAAGUUGAAGAGAUUGAAAUUCACAUGUUCACGGAUGCCAGUGAAGCGGCAUGCGCAUGCGUUGCCUAUGUGAGGAUGUCGUCAAAGGGAAGUAUCCGGUGUUUGAUGGUAGCUGCAAAAACAAAAGUAGCGCCACUUCGAACGCUUUCAAUCCCUCGCUUAGAACUUCAAGCCGCCAUGAUGGGAUCCCGUUUGCUUCAUAACAUCUGUGCUGCUCUCACUCUCAACGUUCAGAAGCGUUUUUUAUGGACAGACUCAGCUACGGUUCUAGCGUGGCUCCGAUCGGACAAUCGGAGAUACCACCAAUUCGUAUCUUUUCGCGUCGGAGAAAUCUUGUCGCUCACUAGCAUGGACGAGUGGAACUACGUGCCGUCAAAACUAAAUGUAGCCGAUGACGCCACCAAAUGGAAUUCAGGACCGUCUUUCGACCCGGAGGGACGAUGGUUCCAAGGCCCAUCAUUUUUGCGAGAACCAAAAGACAGCUGGCCGAAAGAAUCUGCAAAUAAAGUAAAGGAAAUCCAUGCAACGAGUGAAGAGAUUCGUGUUGUGGCGGUGCACCAAAAGAUAGAGGAAGUGAUUGAACCCGAACGCUUCUCAAGUUGGAAUCGUAUGGUUAGAACGAUGGCCUACGUUUACUGGACAGUGAUGAUUUGGAAGCGUUUAUCGGACAAGGACAAGCGAAGUUCGGGACCGGGGAAGGAUGAAUUCGUCAAGGCAGAGGAAUCACUUUGGCGACAAGCGCAGGCGAACGUAUACCCGGAGGAGAUUUGCGAUCUGAGGAAUGAUCGUAGAGUUGAGAAGCGAAGUCCGCUGCACAAGAUGUCUCCAUUUCUCGAUGAGCAAGGCGUUAUUCGGAUGGAAAGCCGAAUCGGGAACGCUCCACAUCUUCCAUAUUCGGCCAAGUAUCCCACUCCUACCAUCGACGAUUCCUUCACGCUAAUGGCGAAACUGUUUGUAAUGAGCUGCGGCAACAGUUCUAUAUCCCUAAACUUCGGGUACUGGUGCGAAAAGUUAGUCGUCAAUGCCAGCACUGAAAGCCAACCCAACGCCACCAAGAAUGGGGCCAUUGCCUAG